AUGGAUUUCAGGCUGGUGUCAGUGCUCUUGGCUAUAAUGGUCAUCUCACAUGCACAAGCCACAACCACCACCACUACUGCACCUGCAACCACCAACACCACCGACAUCAAUACUGCACCUGAUGUCUCCUCCACCACCACUACUGCACCUGUAACCACCGACGCCACUACUGCACCUGUAACCACCGACGCCACUACUGCACCUGUAACCACCGACGCCACUACUGUACCUGUAACCACCGACAACACUACUGCACCUGUAACCACCGACAACACUACAGUAACUGCACUUGUAACCACCACCGACGCCACUACUGCACCUGAUAUCUCCACCACCCACAUCACUACUACACCUGAAACCACCACCACCAACAUCACUACUGCACCUGAAACCACCACUGACAUCACUAUAACUACACCUGAUAUCUCCAUUGACAUCACUACUACACCUGAUAUCUCCACUGACAUCACUACUACACCUGAGGCUGAAACCACCGACACCAUUUCUCCAGUCACUUUCAAUACCACAGUUAAGCCUAGCAGCACCACACCUACACCAGUCACCAGUACCGCUGCCUCUGUGUCCACCAUUGUCCCUGUCACGCCAACUGAGGGAAAGCCAGUAGUACCAGCUAAGCCUAUACCUACAGAAAAACCUGAUGUGGCUGAGAUCUCAUCAGAAGUCAUUAUCAUCGUUGCUGUUGGUUCUUCUAUCCAGUUUGAUGAGCCAUUCGAUGAGGAUCUCAAGGAUUCAACAUCACAGGCAUACAAAAAGCCCAAUAUUAAACCAGGCGCGAAACGCCAAGUCGUGGCCGAUGUCACAGUGGUCAACUAUGAGGUAGACUACAACUACACAGAGCUGCAGAAAGCUGGCGGAAUCGACAAUGUCACCCGUGAAACUGGAAUCCUUCAGGCUGUUGAGAAUGGGGCAUUGACGGUUGGCAACAAAAGUGCACUUGUGGGAUCUUCUGUACAGUACACCAGUCAAGCAGAUCUUGACCAAGUAGCCGUCGAGAAGGUGUUGGAACAAAUAAAUAAAGUCCCAGGAGGACUCUGUUCAGUAGUUAAAUGUGAAGUUGGCUACAACAAAAACUGCAGCAACUCCCUCGACCCUACGUGUGUUUCAAGAUGCGAGUACGACAAAAACUUCUGCAAGAACCAUGGGCAGUGUGUUCACACCUCUGGACAAGACGUCUUCUGCAACUGUGACCAUGACCCUACCGGCUUCUACAUGGGAGGAAGGUGUGAGUUCUACGCCUCACAGCCAUUGGUCAUUGGGGUGGGUGCUGGAGUGGGAGGCUUUCUAUUCGUCAUCAUCAUCGCUCUGUCCAUCUGUCUGUGCUGCAGACGUCAGAAGAAAGGCGGUGAUUUCGAAAGACAACAGAUGUCAGACCAUCCCUACUGGACACCUGACGAGAAGUCACCUAUGACGAAACAGACAGACGACAUUCCUGAUGAGAUGCCGCUGUACAGCAUGGUGAACAAACGUCAGACGUACUCUGAGGACAGUUCAGGUUCGGAGAAGAACAACCUGACCAGGGCGUCUCGCCUGUCCAAUCAGGAACGAGAUGGUUACGUCAUGCCUGCCCGGGAACAGCCAGCCAAUAACAGCCUCGGUUAUUACGAACACCUUCAGACCUUCGCCGGUGGCCGAGACAACAGGGCUUUUGAUUGGAAGCCAACGACAGCAUCAACUAUUCCGAUUGGUUCUACCGUCGGUUACACUGCUGGAACGGCUACCACUGUCGCACCGGUACCUACAACGGACGGCAGCACAACUACCACUAUCGCAGCUACAACGGCCAACAGCACACAUUCAACCAUAAGUACAACUGCCAGCACCCCAGCAUUAACCACAAUUACAACGGCCAGCACCACGCCCUCAACAACAACUACAGCGGCCACCACCACGCCUUUAACAACAACUACAGCACCCACCACCCCACCUUUAACAACUUCAGCGGCUACUACCACGCCUUUAACAACAACCACAGCGGCCACCACCACGCCUUUAACAACAACCACAGCGGCCACCACCACGCCUUCAGCAGCAACUACCACUACGGGUAGCAGCUCUGCUAGCACCGCUUCUACAACCAAAAGUACUCCAGCUACCUCCCCCACUACCACCACGCCUUUAGCAACAACCACAGCGGCCACCACCACGCCUUUAACAACAACUACAGCGGCCACCACCACGCCUUUAACAACAACCACAGCGGUCACCACCACGCCUUUAACAACAACCACAGCGGCCACCACCACGCCUUUAACAACAACCACAGCGGCCACCACCACGCCUUUAACAACAACUACAGCGGCCACCACCACGCCUUUAACAACAACUACAGCGGCCACCACCAUGCCUUUAACAACAACUACAACGGCCAGCACCACGCCUUCAGCAGCAACUACCACCACGGGUAGCAGCUCUGCUAGCACCGCUUCUACAACCAAAAGUACUCCAGCUACCUCCCCCACUACGACUGACAGCACCACUAAAACCACAUCUACAACCACCAGAACAACUCCAGCGGCUUCUGUCGCCUCCACCAACACACCAACACAAAAACCAACAACCCCAAAGAUCACAAUUCCUCCAAAGGAUCCAGAAAAGCCAUCAAAGAUCGUGGCUUUUGAGCUGAGCCUUCAAGCUGAUUUUGAAGAAACGCUGAACGACAGCGAUUCAACCGAGUAUCAAGAUCUAGAGAGAAACUGUGUGAAUGCGCUGACUACAUUGCAUGCAGAACAAACAGGAUUCCAAGGUGUUCGUAUUCUCGGCUUCAGAUCCGGGAGCAUUAUCGUGAGCUACAUCGUCAUCUUCGAGAACUCGAACCUCGAGUCGAACAAGGACAUCACGAAUGAAGCUGAGGACCUGAUUCGAAAUGGAAACCUCACCACCAUCGGGAACUACACCGUAAAUCAAAAUUCAUUCAGGGAAAUAGACCUAAGUGUAAAAGAUAUUCUAGAAGUAGUAGGUGAGGACGACCUGUGUCACGGAGGUUGCACAGGAGGUAAAUGUAACCUGAGAGAUUCCUACGGAGUCCUGUUGACUGAAUGUGUGUGUGAGGACGACUACUGCAAAAAUGGUGGACAGUGCCAUUAUGAAGACGGACCUAAAUGCAGUUGCGACCAUGACCCUGACGGCUUCUAUAUGGGAGAAAGAUGUGAUUUCUACGCCUCACAGCCAUUGGUUAUUGGGGUGGGGGCCGGAGUGGGCGGCUUUCUACUACUCAUCAUCAUCAUACUAUCCACCUGUCUGUGCUGCUGUCGACGUCAGAAGGAAGAACUGGAUUUUGAGAGAACUCUGCCAGACAAAGCUCACUGGACGCUCUAUGACACUAUGGCAGUGACGAAUCAGACCGAGAACACCCCAGACGUGAUGCCGUUGAACAAUGUGACGAAUAAAAGGCACGUCUCGUCUGACGGCAGUUCCGGUCCUGAUACGAACAACAGCCUGCCCAGAACGUCUCGUCUGUCCAAUCAGGACCGAGAUGGUGUCAAAUAUCAGGUGUCAAGUUACGCCACGCCCACCUGGGAGCGUCCAAGGGCAACCAAUCAGAGCUUUCUUCACGGAAACACCUGAGCUGUUUUGUUUUUUAAAAUGUUACAUGCUGGCAUUAAGAUUGAAUAGCAAAGUUCUUUAUUCACAGCCACUUGUUUAACAAGAGACAACGUUUCCAUGACCAUCUGUCAUCUUCAUCAGGGCAUCAUCACUAGGACAGUUAAUUGAUGAAAGUCAUUGAAACGUCAGUUUUUGUUAAAAAAAAAUAGCAUUGAACAACGAACUUUGCUAUUCGACUUCAAUCGCUCACCAACCUGACCAUUUACGUAUAUUCAGAAUACCAUGUUACACUGAUUGCUUGUCUGAUGGCUGUGUCGUUAUGAUAGAAAUAUUGCGUUCUAGUUUGAAAUUAGAUGAUGCCAGUAGUAUUCUUGAAAUAUAUGUAAUGAUAGAAUAGAUUCUAGAGGUUGAUGUUUUAUAAAGAUGAGAGUAUGUUAAUGUCGUUCCAUCAUCUUAGCAGUAGCUUUGAACUUAUUUCUUACUAUAAGAUCAUUGGUGAUAAUAAUAUGUCAAAACUAUCUUGUACAUAGUAAAUUUUGCAUUAAAAAAUGCCAUACGAAGUAUGAAGGCAAAUAAGGGUAAAGACUGCCGCCAUUUUGUGUUCUGACCAGGUCACCUGCCACAGCAGCGCGAGGGUUGCCGGGAAACUACGGAAGUCAAUUGAUGUUUGUUUUCGUUAUUUACUGAUAACGUCGUGUAGGUCUUUAUGGGACGUACAUUCCGAUCUAUUUGUUUGAAAGGCUCUAAAGGUGAAGGAGUUUCCUAAGUCUUUUGUUGUAAGGGUAUUUUAGGAAUGAACUGCAGUAGGUUAUAUAAAGUAGAAUGGAUUUAUUCCGCAAGCUAACCGACAUCUUGAAUACCGCAGUCGUCCCUCAGUAAGACAUUUAGAGCUGCAUAGUUCCCGUUUAGAACUUUUAGCUAGCCUGAAGUGGAGUAAGUAAGUUUGAAAAAAGUAAGAAACAUGUUUUGGUUUGCUUUGGAUUUAAAUCUCCAUUAGUGAAACAGCAUUGUGUGAAAAAAAAGAAGAAUAAAGAAGUCUUUGAAGUGGAUUCCUCCUUCCUGA